GGGAAGGGGGGCAUUGUCGGGCCUGCCACGCUGAAGUGGCCAGGUAUUGUACCCACACCUUUGUGUGUCACCUGUGCUUGCUUGACCAUGUCAAAUAUUUAAACGCUGUGGCGGCUUUAGUAUUGAUUCCGCCUGAGCCACAUUGAUUUUCAAGUCUCUGUUUUCCCCGAGUUGAGCGGCACAUGUAGGAGAGUGAAUCUCUCCGUGCUCGGUAGAGGUUCCAGUCCUUGUAUUACACAACUAACACGCCUGUCGACCGUCAAAUUUUAUGUGUCAGGAAAUUAGUUGUUUAAAAACUAUAAUAAAUACUUAGUCUCCUUACAUCAGACUGAAGUUGCAUUGCUGUGAUAAUUUUAUUCAACAUAUACCAUAAAUCUUGAAUUCACAGUAGAUAUCAGAUAAAAUUAAAAGUGUUUUUGAAUCGUUAGCAAUUGAUUUUUUUCCUUUCAUUAAAUUUUCAGACAAUUGAAUCAUGGAUUUAUAGAUAUAUUGUUAAUAGAUAAUGCCAAAAAGACUAAGCUGUAUGGGAUGUUUUCUCUUUUUCUCCAUGAUAUAUUGAUGUAUAGAAUACUAGGGAAAAGACUGGUGAAAGCGUGCAGCCAGUUAAACCUCUAUUGUGAAUUAGAAUAAAGAAAAGUGUCCUAUUGUUUUCAUGUAAUUAGCCAUGUACCAUGCUCCGAAUGUCAAUUGAAUUGUAAAACAGGCUAUUUAAUUAUUCCAUUUAGAAAUCAAGAGCUAGCAAUAUUGAUGAAUCCUCACCACAAAAUACAGCAUUCAUUUCAUUAUACAAAAUCAGAACUCACCUGAAUUAUGUGGUUGUAUAAUUCUACAAUCACAAUUGAAUUAUGAUUAGAAAAAAAGCUAGAAGUUGUGGUAGAGAUAACACUUGUAUUGUUAGCAUUGUGAUUGUGUCAUGGUGGUUAAUGGUUCCAUAGGAAUUGUCCUCUCUGACUGGUAGAGCACAGUAAAAGGGCUUGAAUUAGUUUAAAGUAGUAUACAUUUUUUCAUGGACUGGAGAAAACCUGUGCCAUAUGUUUUAAAUUAGAGAGAAAGAGGCCAGCUUUAUCAGUGAGGUGCUGGUAGAGGUUGCCAGCUGAUUAUCUGGAGAUACAAGCAUAAUCUGGUGUAAACCUGGAAUCAAAUAGAAUAGGAAAGCAGACGAUGAAUUACAAUAUAAGUCAACAUAAGGUUUAUAAACGUGAAUUACAACAAAAAAAUUAAAUGUUGAUCAAAUGUUAUUAUAAAUUGAAAAAAAAAAAACAUUUAAUUACCCUUUCACAUCCCAACUACAAAGUUUUUACUGGUAAUGAGUUAAUUUUAUUUACUAAUAAGAAUUUAAAGAAAAAUAAAACCAUUCAUUAAAUUGGUAUUCAAUAUAAAACAAUCUUUGAUGAAGUUUUUGUUAUGAAAAAGAUGAUGUCAUAAUAGGCAUUAUGAUGUCAUCAGGCUUGUGAUGUCAUUGAAAGUGACACAUAAAUAUAUGACACAUUUUGGAGCUCAGAAGAAAUGUUGCUAUGUUUCCAUGUUAUGUUGCCAUUCUGGAGUAUCAUCUGUCAUGGAGAACUUUAGUUCAGCUGCAUCAGGUUAUUUUUCUGAGAGGAUAGAUAGCCAGGUACCCGGGUUUAGUUCUCAGCCUGAUGAAUCAGAAAGAGUCACUGAACCAGAGCUUUGGGAUUCAGCAUUCAGAUUUGUGGUACAAUCAGCAGUCAACUGUUUGUUUGACUCCGCAAAUGCUAGACUUGGAAAUAUUUACAAUGACAACUCGGGAAACGAGAACAGGACUCAAGCCUCCAACAGACAGACAAACUUACAAGGAAUAAACUCUUCUUUGAGGAUGCAGCCAGCUGACACUGCCUCGAAUACACCACUUGAUACUGGAUCCGCUCACAGAAGUUUUAGUCAAGGUGGUCAAUCAGAGAGGACCUCUUCUCUUCACCCAGAGGAAAACGGACAGAACAAUGGGACCACUGUACUGUUUGAGAACCAAAUGUACACUGUUCCACCCAGAGGCGUGUAUGUAUCAGUCUUUCUGAGGCACUUUGAUUCCCAGCAAGUUAUUGCACCAUUGACAAGAACGCAUCAUUAUCACCCAUACAGACAUAUGUUGCUGUUAAAUUUAAGGGGAAGGAGAACCAUGCCCAGAGAACACAGACCCCAGAGCUUUGCAUUGGAAGGUCAGGGUAGAGGAGCUCACAAUUCAAAUAUCACCAGAUGGAGACCAGUCCAGAGAGAAGCUUUGCAACCAAUGGAUGGACUAAUAACAGAGUCUUACAAUCACCGCAGUGAUAACUAUGAAGAUACUGUCUAUAACGAGAAUGAACAUCUACUCCAACAUCAAGGUGCAGAACUAGGGAGAGCCCCUCAGGCUGAAGCAAGCAAUGAACAUCAGAGCCCCACCCCUGGGGCUAGUGUAGACGGUGGAGACCAGAUACCCACCCCUGGGGCUAAUGUAGACAGUGGAGAUCAGAUACCCACCCCUGGGGCUAAUGUAGACAGUGGAGACCAGAUACCCACCCCACAGGUUGAUGACAGUGUGAGAGAAAGUGAAGAGACUGGUGCUGGGCUCGAUUUUCAUUCCCCAGUCUUUGUUAGAGGACCUAACAACAGCCCUGGGUCUUUGGCUGUACUCUUUAACCAGCUCUUGCAGCGGUUCUAUCAGGAGGCCAUGAAGUGGAUAUUUGUGACAGCAGUGUGGCAUCCUAGACAGGAAAAUCUCAGAAACAUGCUCAGCACCAUUGCAGACCUUGUCCAAGAGCCAGGCCUCUCUGUGACAAAUAGCAUGUUGCAGGGAUUCAUGACUGGGAUCACUAUCACCUAUAAUACUCAGUUUCAGCGUUUGCUGCAGAUUCUGAAUCCACUGAGUGGACUCGACACUCUACCCCCCACCACAGCGACAUACUUCAGGAUACAGAGCCUGCUGUUCAACAUCAACCUGGCACCGCGACAGUUACUGCAUAGAUUUUCUGACAUAGUGAGGACUGCCAUGACAGCCAUGAUACAACAGCACAAUGCACAAGUUAUUGACCAACCUCGCCGGUGAUUAGUUGUCUGCCUUCAUUCAAUUAAAAUAUCAGUUGCAGCAUGGUACCAGCAUUACAGAGCACACCAACCAAUCAAUUUCUGUUGCUAUCUCGUUUCAUUUUUUUGCGGCAGAUUUAAUGUAGCCGUGUUAGAUUGCCAGAAUUUUUAUUCAGAAGAAGCUAGUCAAGUUUUAUAGAUUAUUUAUAGUGAUAACAUAACAAUUGGAGUUUACUUAAAUAAUCCUGCAUAACUUUAUGGUCAGUGCCAUUGAUUUUCCCACUACGUUCUCUCAUUCUUUUUAUAAAUUUUUCAAUAACCCCUGUGGUAUAUCCUUCCAAUGAAUAUUUAUGAAGUCUCAUGAAUAUGUAUGUUCUACCUGAGCACUCUUUUCCUGCCGUGGUGAAUAACUGCUGGGUGAUAUUGUAAUCUGUGUGUUUGGGGCUGUGUGGAGCCAGUCUCUGUGUCGUAGUGGGCACGGUGUUUACUUUUUGACUAGGGUCCCCAGAAUAUCCUGUAGGCCAAGCUCCUCAGAUAGGAAUGUUCAGGUGGCAAGCAUUAAAACAGCUGGGGGUUACAGGCAAUGGCCCUUUUUUCUCUCUUAUUCAGUUCCUUCAGGAUGCUGAUUUCCUUUGCAGCUGCGCUCUAUAGAAACACACACAUGGCUUAGAUUAUAAAAGAACAUCAUUAUAUUUGUAGGGAUAUCAAAUAAAGUAUCAAGCGGGAAACCAGCAGUGAUGUUUUAUGUUUUUUAACUCUCUGAAUAAAAAUAUAUAUCGGCCUUUAUUUAUUUACAUAAGUAGAAUUCAUGAAAUAAGACUAUCGUCCUUUGAAAGAUAAGCAUAAACUAGAGAUUUUGCUUUCAUUUUUUUACAAUAAAGA